AUGUCCUCAUCAAGAUCGCCGUCAAUGGCGCGGCUGCUCUUCAUCGCAGCUUGCCUCAUCCUAGCGUGCUUAUCGGUCACUCGAGCGCACAUGAUCGAGCUGCCGCCGUCGCAAAAGGAGUGCUUCUACGAGGACCUGAACCCCUCUGACCAAAUGACCCUCACCUACCAGGUAGGUGGAGGCGGUCAUCUCGACAUAGACGUAUGGCUGGACGACCCGAACAAUGCCCGUCUCUUCGAGCAGCGCCACAAGGACACGGGCACCUACUCAUUUACAGCGACUCACUCGGGAAGGUACACGUACUGCUUCUCCAACGAGUUCUCCACCGUAAGCGACAAGACGCUGAGCUUCAAUGUGCACGGUAUCAUCUAUGUCGCCGAUGAGGGGGAGAUGCUGCCGAUUGAGAGGGAGAUUAGGGAUCUGGCGGCGGGGCUGCAGGCUGUCAAGGAUGAGCACGAGUACAUGGUUAUCAGGGAGAGGACGCAUAGGAAUACUGCCGAGUCGACCAACUCAAGGGUCAAGUGGUGGUCAAUCAUCCAGGGCUUCAUGCUGCUCGGUGUGUGCGCCGUGCAGGUCGUCUUCGUCAAGAGGCAUUUUGAGGUGCGAAGAGCGAUCUAG